AUGACUACAGGAUCUCCUUUCUCCACCUCCCCUGUUCCCGCGAUCUCCGCACUUGUUUCAACCGUGCAUCUUUGUUCCCUCCUUCUCCUGCUCAAAAAUGCUAAGGAACAAGAUCAGGGCAGUACUAAUGGAUAUCAAGCUCGGAUGGAAUGUCAGGAUCUACAGCUGACUACCUUAGCAUCGACCUCCCUUGCGCCGUGCAAGUCAGUGAGAAUAUCUCUCCCAAACACUCCCCAAGCUACAAAUACUCAAUGGAACGGCCGUCCAUCUUCAUUCCAAGGACUUUGGGGUGGAGCUUCGGAUAGCAUGUGGUAUGGUGGCUCGGGACGCUCCAGUUACUUUCGAGUGGAGAGCUGUUUCAUCUCAGAAAAGUGA